CGGAAACUUCUCGGCGAGUUCAGUCGGAGAACGUGUUUCGAAACAAACUGUCGCCGUGAAUUCCGUCAUCGGUCGUAAAGUUCUGCGAAUAUCGUGACACAUUGCGAUAAAAGAAUAUUUCUCCAAAAAAAAAAAAAAUAUACGAAUAAUGGGCAACCUACCAAUUCAGAUUAAUAAUUUCAGAUUAAUAAACGCGUGGACUCUCGAGAAAAAGUUGCUAAUAUGGAGGACAAUAGCCCUGUCUGCUUGCAUAAUAGGCACGGUGGUGUACAUGCGACCAUUGGAGCCGUACAUAGAGGCACCGAUCUUCGGAGUUUUGGUACCCACGUUCAUAACAGGUUAUGUGCUCAUACACUCGUCCGACAUUUUGCUUCUGACGAUGAGAAAAGAUUAUGUGUUUCUCGUGAGAAGCAUGGUUCGUUGUAAUUGGAGCAGUUGGAAGUCUGACGUGCGGCAUUUACCAAUUCUACAAGUGGAUCGAGUGGGUGGUUAAUACCGCGCCCGAUCCCAACGGAGACAACAAGUACGUACAGCUCCACUGAAACCACGCGUGACUGUUUUGUCCAAAUUCCUUUCAACUCGAGAAUUCAUUUUUCAACGAAAUUUUUAUUCCAGUAUCCCGGAAUUGGUGCUAGCCCUAGCCUUCCUUCUCCAUUUCGUCUGUUUGUGCGCCAUGAUGGCUCACCGUAUUCUCGAACGGUAUCGAACUCGCGAGCAAUUAUAAUAUAAUAUACUGGCGCAAGCAAAAUUUUCUCCCCGACACGCAUCACACGACAUCGAGUAGGUGCAACAUUUUUUUUGGAGACAGCGGGCGAAGAUCUAUUGAUAAAAUUCUCCUGCAGCGAGUACGCACGGCUGAGGAAUUUGAAAGAAUUCGCGAAUGGAAGGCGAGAGGAAAGAAUGAGUCACGAACGAAGACAUCGCUCACGCAGCUUUAGUCUAAGUCUCGCAUGAACAAAAUGCCGAGCGACGUCGAAAAGGGUUGCAAUAGCGGGCCGUCAUAUGCAUCAAUUAGUCUACUUGACCUCGUGAUCGUCGUGAAUGACCGGCAUAAUCGUACACCCACGAUCCGGAUACACAAUCGCGUUAAUUAGGGAUGCUUCUGAUGAUUUAACUUCUCCGGGCGAAACUCCGAAACUCCGAAGCUGCGAGUUAUGAGAAUACGUAUGAAAUUGAAAGUGAGGAUGGAGAAACAAAUAAAUCGGUGUUAAUAAAAUCGUUUCUCUAAUAAAAAUCGUAGCAAUUGCGCAACGUGUAGAAAUAGUCAGUUUCACGACGCGACGUUAACGAAGCAAUGUUGAACGUAACGAUAAUGCGAUCUGCCAAAGCGGAAAUCACGGCGCGCAGUUCAAGAUCGAUACGAAGAUCGCGUAAUCGCGUUGAUGAAGAGCCGCACCUACUGACCUAGUGAACACGUGAUCUUACGCACGUUUGUACAUUGUGCAUCAUCCACAGUGUGUACGCUGAUAUCCACACCUGCAUGAGUGAUUGUGUUUAGACACGUUACGUAUGAUAUAUAUACGUAUGUAUACAUAUAUGCGCGUAGUGUAGUUUUUCCGUAACAGGAGUAGCUACGUAUUAAGACUAUUACGCAAUUAGAAAAUAAUCUGCCCCGUUGGUACAAGUCGGAUCAUUCGCGAUGCAUCAAUACCCUUUUCUCUCAAUUAUAGCCAAUUGAAAUUGAAUUUCCUUGUUUAACUGUGCCAUGUUACAAAAGUUUUGGAUUUCUUUCUGUCUUCGAAUUAACGCGAAUUUCAAUUCCGCGAUUGUCUUUUUUUCCAAAUCGAACUUUCACUGUCGCCGAGGCAUGCAAUUACGCGCAACUAACUUGAAACAUGUUCCUCGUUUUGUAUUGCUAUCGCCGAACUUGAAAUUACAGCUUGCGAUAGAACUUUACGGUCGAUAUUGGACAUAAGAGGGCUGUCCACGACAACGUUCCACAUUUAGCGUGCACGUACGUACGUAGGAUUCAACGAUUCGUCCCUGCUCGCUUGUCUUAAUAUUAGCAUUGCAUAUUCAUCGUGUCACGGCCGGAGUUUCCAUACGUGGUACUUUUUAUCAGAAGUUGUCCCCGCGGGUCGAGGGAGUAUCCGCUAUCGUUUCAAACUUUCCGCGCUUGGUUUAGUAACGCAACCUACUUUAGCCUCGCCUUUAUUAAAAAUAUAUCGCCGCGUAUCGAUGUAUGGAAACACGAAUGAAACCAAAGAAUGACGUUCUAUUUUCUAUUUUUCAAUCCAGCGUACUCGUGAUAACGAAGCAUGAAAUUUCCAUCAGGAGACGUUCAAGUCGAACGAAUGGUGGAAACUUUGGGAUACUUUAUACUUUCACAAGCUUCUCUGUUUAUACAUCACGCGAGAAAUAGCUUCUCUAACGAUAAAACGAAGAGAUCUUUCGCGUCUAUGAAAUCGAUUCUGGUUAGCGUCAAUUCCAUUCUCGUGCACGAUUAAAGAAAAUUGAUCGCGUAACGUGGCGUGAGCGCGCGAUAGCGUUCAAUAAACGAUACCAAUUCCCCCAAUUCAUUCGAGAAAAUGUAUCGCGCGCGAAACGCGAUACAUGAAACGGAGGGAAAGGGAGCCGCACGGGAAUUACCUCACGAGUAAGUUGCCCAAGAUGGUAAUACGAUUCGAUGGUAAUAUUGGCCGGCGCGCGAUUUGCGAUCGGCGAAGAAAAUCCUUUAUGCCAACGCUCUUGAGCUGAUCCCACUUUUGCUCGUGCAUGUUUAAUCGCGACGCCGAAGGUUUUCGUGCACGUGUACACAUCCGCAAUACGUCCACGCAAAUUAUACACCGUGAGUCACGUGAAGUCCGUAGAACGCACCGAUGCAUACCUUCCGACGUACCGACAACACGUGCUCGCGAAUUAAAUACCUCGCCCUUCGUCACAGGCUCCGAUUACCAGCUCCCCCUAGCCCUUUCCCAAAUCGCCACUUCGAAAGAGAGUCGUAAUUCUCAGUUGGAGAAUAUUUUAGCUUGUUGCGAUUCUAGUUUGGAAAUAUUCUAAUUCUCUCUCUAUUUAUCUGUCUAUCAGCCCUUUACCAAAAUCAUCACUCCGAAAGAGAGUCGUAAUUCUCGGCUGGAAAAUAUUUUUAAUUUGUUGUGAUUCUAGUUUGAAAAUAUUCUUAUUCUCUCUCUAUUUAUCUGUCUAUCUCUAUCUAUCAGUCCUUUCCUAAAAUCGUCACUCUGGAAGAGAGUCGUAAUUCUCAGUUGAAGAAUAUUUUAGCUUGUUGUGAUUCUAGUUUGGAAAUAUUCUUAUUCUCUCUCUAUUUAUCUGUCUAUCAGUCCUUUACCAAAAUCAUCACUCCGAAAGAGAGUUGUAAUUCUCGGCUGGAAAAUAUUUUUAACUUGUUGCGAUUCUAAUUUGGAAAUAUUCUUAUUCUCUCUCUAUUUAUCUGUCUAUCUCUACCUAUCAACCCUUUCCUAAAAUCGUUACUCUGAAAGAGAGUCGUAAUUCUCAGUUGAAGAAUAUUUUAGCUUGUUGUGAUUCUAGUUUGGAAAUAUUCUUAUUCUCAAUCCUUUCUCAAAUCGUCACUCCGAAAGAGAGUCGUAAUAUUCGGCUGGAAAAUAUUUUUAACUUGUUGCGAUUCUAAUUUGGAAACAUUCUUAUUCUCUCUCUAUUUAUCUGUCUAUCUCUACCUAUCAACCCUUUCCUAAAAUCGUUACUCUGAAAGAGAGUCGUAAUUCUCAGUUGAAGAAUAUUUUAGCUUGUUGUGAUUCUAGUUUGGAAAUAUUCUUAUUCUCAAUCCUUUCUCAAAUCGUCACUCCGAAAGAGAGUCGUAAUAUUCGGCUGGAAAAUAUUUUUAACUUGUUGCGAUUCUAAUUUGGAAACAUUCUUAUUCUCUCUCUAUUUAUCUGUCUAUCUCUACCUAUCAACCCUUUCCUAAAAUCGUUACUCUGAAAGAGAGUCGUAAUAUUCGACUGGAAAAUAUUUUUAACUUGUUGCGAUUCUAAUUUGGAAAUAUUCUUAUUCUCUCUCUAUUUAUUUGUCUAUCUCUACCUUUCAGUCCUUUCCUAAUAUCGUCACUCCGAAAAAGAGUCGUAAUAUUCGGCUGGAAAAUAUUUUUAAUUUGUUGCGAUUCUAAUUUAGAAAUAUUCUUAUUCUCUCUCUAUUUAUCUGUCUAUCUCUAUCUAUCAGUCCUUUCUCAAAUUACCACUCCAAAAGAGAGUCGUAAUUCUCAGCUGGAGAAUAUUUUUAACUUGUUGCUCUAUCAAUCUCUCUAUUAUGGGAUCGUUUUAAGUUUGCACGAGUCUGUAGACUCGUAAUGAGGCUUCAUUCGUUGAGAACGCAGGGUUAAUUCAAUUUCUGAAGAACUCGACAGUUCAAACUCGCGAUUGCAGAGAUUUAAAAUGCUAUUCUUGGCGAAGAAGUCAAGAUUAUUUAAUUUGGCUAAUUUUACAUUCAAUUUCUGUUUCGUCGACGUUUUUCAAAUCUUCAAAUCUUUGAGUUUCAUUGAUUUCUUAAUGCGUUUAACGUUUACAAAGUACACCUGGUUUUGCCAGUAUCACACGAUGUUAGUGACUGCGACGAUCACUCGAGACACGCUUGCCUAAUUGUUGGCAGACCGGCUGUGCAGCCGGCGUUACAGAUAUUCCUUAAUUAGUUUUGUCGAACGUAAUACGAAAUAUGAGGCAAAUAUGUCGGCUACAUCAUCGACGUAAAUCGAGUUCCAUCAGAAUUGUUCCUCGCUUCGAACGAUUUAACCGAGAGAAGAAGGAGUUUGUGUCCCGCCCACAAACUCAAUUAUUCUCUCCUCUGCAACGAAAUAUAUUUCAGGACAAGUGCUAUACUUGUCUCAAAGGUGGUAAAAAUUAAACGAUGCUUGCUUUGUACGACAAAGAAUCUGUCAAGUGUUAAUACACAGUAGAUGACAGAAAAUAUUCGAUACUCACAAAUCAUAUCACUUUGUCAGAAAAAAUCGCAUGUACAUCAAUAAAUUUUGAGGAAUUUUUGU